AUAUGCCUAGAAAUCUACCAACAAAGGGAAACUCCAUUGCCCUAAAACCCCCCUGGAGUCUGCAGGUCCGACCUUGAACUGCUUCGACCAAUGACCUCUUAAGCUUCAGCUAUUUUUUUACUGUCCAAGCUUUCUUCCAGGUGCUUUAUUGGCGGCGAGGAAUUUCGUAAAAAAAGAAGAGCGAGAACAGAAACAUAUGGAGACAACCGCAAGCCGUGUUUUAUCAUUCAUUCUUUCUGUACAUUUUCGCAUACGCAUCUAGUCGUCUGUCUUUGUAGCAUACAUACAUCCAUACGUCCAUACAUCCAUACAUACCUAUACAUACACGCAUCCACAGUCACAUCUCUAAUCUAUCAGAUUCUCAUACUCGUUCUUCUUGUUCUUGUUCUAUUUCUUCUUCUACUCCCCCCAGUUGUUCUAAAAUAAGUGAUACGACCAGCACGACCUCCCAUUUUGUGAUACUAGUGAUACCCACCUCCGCCUCCGACUUGUAACUUUCUUCUAACCGCCCGGCCGCCCUUGAUUCUUUGCUGGCCUCUGGCUCCUAUUCUGCCAUUGGUCCUUCAUCGCUUUACGAGCCAACUCCCACUUUUGCGCCUUAUUAUACAUUUACCCGCGAGUCAAGACAUAGUUGCCUCCCGUUUUGAAUCAGCAUUAAGGACGCCUACGCGGCUAAUAUCAAUCGCUGUUUUGAGAAGACUUGCGUCAUCACCAUGCCGGGGUUCACAGAUUCUUUCUGGUCCACGGACUACGCCGCAGGCCUGGGUGUCCUGUUCACCAAGCUCCAGCAGGGAGUCCAGGAGGAUCGACAAAUUCUUACGAUCGCCCGAAUGCGAGCCGAAGCUGAGGAAGUCUAUGGCCAGCGACUUGGAGAUAUUGCGCCCGCAGCUGAUAAGAUUACCGGUGGCUUUUCGCGUGACGACGGCGCAAGUGUGCGAAAAGCAUACGAUGGUGUCCGAACCGAGAUGGAAGAUGCGUCGAGGAACCAUAAGAAGAUUGCACAGAGUAUCAGAGACUUGGUCGUAAAUCCGUUUGCGCGAUGGUGCGACGCCCACGAAUCUCGCAUUCAAGACUCCCAAGAUGAGUUGCAGACCCGUAUCAAAGCCCACGAUCGCCAAGCCGAAGUGGUCAAAAAGCUGAGAAGCAACUACUUCAACAAGUGUCGCCUAGCUGAGGAUUUGGAAGAGGAAAACAAGCUGGCUUUUCAAGAUCCGGAGACGAGUCCUAAGCAAAGCCAGAACAUACCCGAGAUCAAGGUUUCGACGAAUAAGGAAGAGGAAGAUGAUGAGGUAUACGAGAUCGGCGAUGAGACGUACCAGACUGAGCAGGUUAAGAAGAUACUGGCUCACAUGCUUAGCACGAUAAAAAUGGGAGAGACGAAAGUGCCUAUCCUUGGUACAUAUUUGAACACAUCGUCAGGUUCUGACAUAGUCGAGUACAUGCAACGGCAUAUGGGUUCGACCAGCGUCAGCUACGCCGAACGAAUCGGUCAGGAUUUGGUGUCGAACGGCUUCCUUCGCCUUGUUGGCAACGUUGGAAAUAACUUUGCGAACAGCUCGAAACUCUUCUACCAGUGGCGACCGAAGGCGUUCCAACUUUCAGGGGUGCCGGAGAAGAAGGCCACAAUUUCUAGGACGUUCUCCAUGCCGUCAGAGAAUGGAAAUGACUCUCCCGUGGGCACCGUUAGCGAAUAUCUAUCUGGUUGGAAUGUCCUCGGCAGCCAGUACCCCAACGAGACUCCCCCAGAGCGUCUCCGGCGCGAGGCGAGGGAGGCCGACGAUAAAUACAAGGCUGCUGUACGAAAACUCGACGAGAUGCGCUGCGAACUGGAAGAAUCCAUCUUUGUGCAUCUACGAUUCCUAGAGCGUUGCGAGUUGGAUAGACUGAAGGCUAUCAAAACCGUUAUUCUCGAUUUUUCCGGUACUAUUGGAAAUGUCAUUCCAAGCUUACAGUCUGCGGUGGAUCGCAUGGUUCUUUACCAGGAGACAGUGCAGCCUUCGGGAGAUUUGCGAUACCUGUUGGAGAAUUAUAGAACAGGUCGCUUUGCCCCCAAGGUUAUCACGUACGAGAACUAUUACAACAAGGUUGAUGAGCAGACCUUUGGUGUAGAUCUCGAGGCCAGAGCACGAGCGGACAAGAAGCGCGUCCCCAUCAUCAUCACUACGAUUUUGACGUAUCUGGAUAACCACUACCCGGAUCUAGAAGGCGAUGAGGCAAGAAGGGGAGUAUGGCUUACAGACGUUCAACUUCCCCAAGUCCACAAGUUACGAGCAAAGAUCAAUAAUGGCAAACCCUUCUCUCCUGACGCGCUCUCCGAAUUCGACGUCUCUACUGUUGCGCAUCUGCUGAAACUAUAUCUCUUGGAACUCCCUGAUUCGCUUGUAUCCUCUCAUGUAUAUGAGAUCAUCAGGACCAUCUACCAAACUCCGACAGCAGACACCACCGACGAAGCACGUAUUGCUGUUCUACAGCAGACACUCUCACAACUACGCCUUACAAACAUUGCAACACUUGACGCCUGUAUGAACCACUUUACGAGACUAAUCGACUUGACGUCAGCGGAUGAGCAAUACGUAACCGAACUUGCGACAACAAUGGCUCCUUGUAUCCUACGACCUCGUGUCGAAACUUCGUUGACCAUGGAGGAGAAGCACGCUUACCGCUUGGUCCGCGAUUUAUUCGCACACAAAGAUGCCAUUUUCAGCGAACUAAAGCGCAUGUCGAGUCUUACUCAUUCAGGAUCACUCAACAAUAACAACAACAACCGACCACGAGCCAUCAGCACGGACGAGAGCAACAGGAGAGCCCACAUGGAGGAAAGGCAGCGUGCUCUCCUAGAGAAGGCAGGGGCGCGUGGUCGCGCCACCAGCCCGGCUCCCGGAUCCCGCCACCGACGUGACAGGAGCACUGGCGGACCCGAGACCAGGUUUCCCAUCGCCAGCCCUACGACGGCGAGCGAGCGUCACCGUAGUAGUCUCGGCAGUCUGAACACGGUAAAGCGGUCCAGCCUCGAGGUCCCCGAUGGGAGCCCAUCGUCAGAGACCAACGGCACAAGCGAGGACUCGCCAAAACAACAUGUCAAUGGCGACUCAUUGAUUUCAAAACGGGACAGUCUCGGCCGUAGCGGUGCGCGCUUCGUAGGCGGACGACGAGUCACGGCAUCCAGAGCUGAGUCCUCGGCACUGGGAAGCGCACCUAGUACGCCCGUCAGCAAAGUUGCGGAACCGGACCGCGGCGUCACGCUCGUGGACGCGCCCAUGGACGACUAGUAACGCGUGGGUCGGCUUACGAGAUUAUACGCCACGGAUGGGUAAUUACCUGGAUAAGGAUGGGGCACACGCCCAGAAGGAACACUUGCUUCGUUAUACAACAGGCCUAGAUGGAUGUUUGUAAACGCGCGAGCUGUAAUGCUUAAUGUAAACAUGUCCGCCUGUACGAAACCAUUGUACUAUGCUACGCUACGGCCUUUACGACACGGAAGAGAAGUAGAUAUCCCGAGCUAGAGAUGGGUUUGCCUAGUACCCACUCCCUUUAAAUAGGCCAUCGUCAUCUCUUUCUCACUUGCUCUCUUCCGAACCCCCCUUUUCUAUGUCAGGUCCACUAGUUUCUUCUUUCAAGUUUUCUGGAAUCGGUGCGGCAAUUGUGGUUUGGUUCCCUACGACGAUAGCACGCGCGUUUGUCGCGUUGUUUCUAAAAUGGUGUGCGGCGGAUUGGUGGUUUAAACAAGUGGUGGGCGCGGGGCCCAAGCAAGGCAAAAAAACAAAGCAUAGCACAGGCUUGAAUUGCUUUCUAUUUAUUUUUCUCUUUUUUCCUCCCUGCGCAUACGCUUGUACGUUGACAUGACAUAUUCGAAUCUUGAUCACAUUAAUCUUCA